AUGGGGGUUUUCAGCCUUGAAAGGAGGAGUCUGAAGGAUGGCUUUAUAAGAGAUGUGGUCUCCGAAGCUGAAUUGAAAGAGCACAGGGGACGCCUGGAGGCUGAGCUGCGGCGGAAGGCUGAGGAGCUUGCUGCAGUCACUCUGGAGCAGCAUCAAACAGCUCAGCAUUGGAAGGAAAAAUGGCAGGAGGUUGCCUUGGCUCUUAAAGCCAAGGAGAAGGAGCUCCAGUUGGCGAUUACGAAGCAACAAGGAAAUAAUGAGAAGGUUGACACGUCGGCAGAUUGUGAGAGUUUUGCAGCUGACCUGGAAGAGCUGUCUGAGCUGAGGGCUACGUUAGCCAGGAUGACGGCGGAGAGGGCGCAACUGAAAAAGCAGCAAGCGGAGAGCGAGCGGAUCAUUCACCUCCUCCAGCUCCAGAGAGACAUCACCAGCGACUCUGCACUGCAAGGCUCUCCAAAGUUCUCCAAUAAGCUGGAGAAUCUCCACGCGGAACUCCAGCGGAGCCAGGACAGAAUACAUGAACUUGAAGACGAAAAGAUUGAGAUGGAAACGGAACUGAAGAAAUUCAAGUUGGAGAGUAUACCUCUAGCCCGCGUGGAGCUGCACGCCUGCAAGCAGGAGCUGGAGCUCGAGAAGAUUCGGAGUCAGAAGCUGCAGCAGCAACUUUGCGAUCUGAAACGUGCCACCCAGCUCCUGGUGGAGCAGAACCAGCCAAGUCAAGCUGCGGCGGUACACAGGGUUCAGAGGAGGCAGACAGCAGUGACAGAGGGGAACGCCUGUGACCAGGAUCCAGGCUGCAACUGCAAUAAGAAUGAUGAAGACCCAAUGUCAUUUGAAAUUCAUCCUUCCUUACAGAUAGAAGAUAAGGGGAUGCCGGCAAUUCACUUAAACAACCACAAGCAUUGUGCUGUCUCCACACACAGCCAACAAAUGCCUUUGGCACAGGAACUGCUGUCUCAAGUCUCUUCACUCCAACAAGAGCUUAAAGAUGCAAAGGUUGUUCAGAGGCAGCAGAACGCCAUUAUACAGGGUCUGCGAGAGGAACUGGAAGAAGCCAGCUUGAACAAACCAGGAGAAAUUAAGGCUUCCCUGGAAGAAGUGGACAGCGAGCUCUUCCUGGUGCGGGAGGAGUUACAGAAGGUUUGGGACAUGCUGCACGUUCGGAAUAGCGAGCUGGAGGAACAGCACCAGGAGCUGGAGUCAGCCAGGGGCCAGUACACCGAGUGCAGCUCGGAGAAUCAAAGGCUGGAACUCUUGGUCUCUUCGUUAAAGCAGCAAAUUUCGGAAAAAGAGCAAACAUUGAGACAACUUGAAAGACGCAGAAAAACUGAGAAGACUGAACAUGAAAUUAAGAUUUCGUCAUUGGAGUUAAAGUUGGCAGAAGCGGACGUUUUGGGAGAAAUUCACCAACUAGUGAGCCCUAGUGAAGAGUCCGAGAAGCACCAGAGUUAUCCCCUUCAGAAAUGUGCUCGUUGUGACUCCUUUCUGGAAGAAAUGAGCACCAAGUUGCAAGAUUACAGCGCCAGAAGCAGCGAGCUCCAGGAAGAGAGGGACACGGCUCUCAAAUCAUUGACUGAGGUGCAGGUCCUUGCACAGGGGCGGGAGGAGACGAUGAAGCUUGAAGAGCAGUUUUCUCAAACUCUCCAGCGGGAGAACAACAGCUUCAGCAGACGCAGCCAGCUAAUGACUGAUCAGUUGGCCACUUUGGUGAAAGAGCAAGAAGAUUUGACAAAAGCUUACAAUAAGCUCCCAGACAAUAGGAAAGGCAAUGCCUCUCUUGAAUACUGGGUGCCAAAAUCGCAUCUCGUUCAGAACGUGGUGGAAAUGGUGAAAUCCCAGGAGGGGCAGAAACUGUGCUUGGCGGAAGAGAAUCAGAGGCUGAAGGAAGGCCCUGACUUUCAGAGAUUUCAGAAGCUGGAGGAGGAAAUUCAGAGCCUGCAGCAGCACCUGGAUUCCAAAACCGAAAAGGUGGCUGUUAUGGCUUGUGAAAUGGAAGCACUGAGGCACAAGAAUGAAUGUCUCGUGAAAGCAAACACAAAGGAUUGGCAACAGGUUCAGAGUCUAAGAGAUCAAAGUAAAGACUCGUUCAUUGCUGCACCGGGGACUGUGGCUCUUCCAAGGCUUUCCGAUGGGCAUCCUUCCAAUCCGUGGGCAACGCAUUUGUUAUGGGAGCUUAAGCCUGGUAGCCAAAGAGACAGAGACCCAUCCCCAUGCCAAAUGCGGGACGUGACCUCACCUACAGCGACCAACACUCGGAGCGUGAGAGAUGAACAACGGUACAUGGAUUGUGCGUGGCCUGGCCAAGGCACCCUUAGCUCUAAAAGUGCUCCCUACAAGGAUGCUUGGCUCGGCGGAACUUCAAGCCAAUUAAAGGCAAAACAGGCCAGUUCGCCAGACCAGUCUUCAGCCACUGUGACCCAGAGCAGGACUCCGUCUCCACCCAGGUCCAACUGUCCGGACCCACCGCUGAACGUUAGCAGGUCAUCACUUAACUUCUCCUUGGCCUCAGAGGCACAGAGUGAGGAUGAGAAGCCACAGGGAAGGACAAUGCCAUCAGCAAUGAAAUGUUCACUUCUGUUAUCCCCCAGGCCUUUCAGAUUACACAGGUCGAACAGGAAUAAGAAAUGA